CCAAUCAUUAUGCAUGCAGCUCUCAGGACCGGAAUUGGACGUGCGUUUGGUCUGCCACUACUGGUCCCCUCCGGACGCCACCUUAGCUAUGUACUGGGCAUCGAGACCUCCUGCGAUGACACCGGCCUUGCAAUAGUGGACACCGACGGUCGCGUGCAUGCCAACGUGUUGGAGUCCCAACAAGAGUUCCACACCCGCUAUGGCGGCAUCAUACCACCCCGAGCACAGGACCUGCACCGAGCCCGUAUUGAGUCCGCCUACAAGCGCUGUUUAGCAGAGGCGCAGAUGCAACCGGAUCAAUUGACGGCAAUAGCCGUAACCACGCGUCCCGGCCUGCCGCUUAGCUUGCUGGUUGGACUACGCUUUGCCCGGCACUUGGCACGCCGCCUGAAGAAGCCUCUGUUGCCCGUUCAUCAUAUGGAGGCGCACGCACUACAGGCUCGCAUGGAGCAGCCUGCGACCAUUAACUUUCCGUUCCUUUGCCUGUUGGUGAGCGGUGGACAUUGCCAACUGGUGUUGGUGCGUGGCCCUGGUCGCCUGUCGCUUCUCGGCCAGACUCUGGACGAUGCACCCGGCGAGGCUUUUGACAAAAUUGCCCGUCGCCUGCGGCUACACGUGCUGCCCGAGUACAGGCUGUGGAAUGGCGGACGAGCCAUCGAGCAUGCAGCCCGGUUGGCCAGUCAGCCGCUGGCCUACGAGUUCCCUCUUCCGUUGGCGCAGCAGCGAAACUGCAACUUUAGCUUUGCCGGCAUCAAGAACAACUCGUUUCGCGCCAUCAGAGCACGCGAGCGGUCGGAGCGAACGCCGCCGGACGGUGUCAUCAGCAACUACUGGGACUUCUGUGCCGGACUGCUGCGCGCUUCCAGCCGCCACCUGAUGCAUCGCACCCAGCGGGCGCUGGAGUAUUGCUUGCUACCGAACGUCGAACUGUUUGAAGACGCCCCACCCACGCUGGUCGUAUCAGGCGGUGUGGCCAAUAACGAUACCAUAUACGCGAACAUGACGCACCUGGCUGCGCAGUACAACUGCCGGAGCUUUCGUCCCGCCAAACGCUACUGUUCCGACAACGGUGUGAUGAUUGCCUGGCACGGUGUCGAGCAGCUGUUGCAGGACGGAGAGAGCUGCCUGCGCUUCGACUACGACAAUAUCGAUAUCCAGGGCAGUGCCGGUUUUGCCGAUUCCCUCGUGGACGAUGUGAAUGCGGCACACAUUAAGUGUAAGUGGGUACAACCGCUGGAUUGAUAUUAAGUGAUAUUAGAGUUACUGGCAUGUCCACAUGUCCUAUCUCGCAGGAAGACGGCUCUAACACUGCAGACGAUAUAUGUUUUUGUUGCUACUUUAUAAAUAGGAUAUUCUGAAAAUUAAACUACAAUUACAUACAUUCA